CCGAAAAAAUAUAAGAGAGAGAGUGAAGAGAGAGUUCAAUUCUUUAUUAAGAGCUUAACAUAAAAAGAAAAUAAAGGAAAAAAAAAUAGCAAAUAAAUUUUCCCUUUUGACAAUCCGAUGUUCUAAGGUUGUUCGUAACUUCGAUUUGUUGAACAUUAGCUCCAAUCUGAAUCUUGAUUAUCGUUUUUUUCUUGAUACUGGGAUUCAUAGCUGAAAAUGGCAUCAAUGGUUGCUAAAGUUAAUUGUCAGGUGUCUUCUUCAGUUUCUAUACAAGAAAAGGGGAGUAGAAAUAAGAGGAAAUUUCGGGCUGAUCCGCCUUUAAGUGGUGACCCAAAUAAGAUUAUCUUGUCGCCUCAAAAUGAAUGCCCAAGUUAUGAAUUUUCAGCGGAGAAAUUUGACAUUGCCCCAGGUCAUGGACAAUUAAGUGCCUGUGAUCUGUGUUGUGUUAACCAAAAUCAUUCUGAUGGGUUGAAACUUGAUCUUGGAUUGUCUAGUGCUGCAGGUGCAACUGAAGUUGGGCCUAGCCGGCCUAGAGAAGAAUUAGAGGCAGAUGAAUUCCAAGAUGCUGAUUGGAGUGAUCUUACGGAAGCUGAGCUUGAAGAACUUGUUUUAAGCAAUUUAGACGCCAUUUUCAAGAGUGCAAUAAAAAAAAUCAUUGCUUUUGGUUACACUGAAGAAGUUGCUACAAAGGCUAUCUUAAGGUCUGGCCUUUGUUAUGGGUGUAAAGACACAGUGUCAAAUAUAGUGGAUAAUGCUUUAGCAUUUCUUAGAAGUGGCCAAGAAAUUGAUCCUUCAAGGGAGCACUAUUUCGAGGAUUUACAGCAGCUGGGGAAGUAUGUAUUGGCAGAAUUGGUUUGUGUUCUUCGAGAGGUUAGGCCUUUCUUCAGCACAGGGGAUGCAAUGUGGUGCUUGUUGAUUUGUGAUAUGAAUGUUUCACAUGCUUGUGCAAUGGAUGGAGAUCCCUUGAGUAGUUUUGUGGGUGAUGGGGCCUCAAGUGGGAGCUCCUAUAAUUCCACCCAAAUUCAAUCUAAAACAGAAAUCAAAAGCUUGGAAUUGAAUCUUCCAAGUUCUUCUAAACAGUUUAAUUGUUCUCAUAGUACUCAAUCCGAAGCACCCACCAUGGCAGGAGUUCCCAACAUAAUGAAACCAAAGAAUUCCCUUGUUCUCAAUGGACUAGUAUCAGAGAAAGAGGGCACAACUACAACAUCUGAUACUAUUGAUAAAUCCUUUAAUGUUGCAGGAACGUCUCAAUCUCCUGCAGCGGAAGAAAAGUUUGGGGGAAGUAGAAAGGUCCAUUCUGGUACUACUAAGAGAGAAUACAUACUCCGACAAAAGUCACUUCAUGUGGAGAAACAUUACCGGACAUAUGGAUCUAAAGGGUCUUCAAGAGGAGGAAAGCUUAGUGCUUUUGGUGGUUUAAUCUUGGAUAAAAAAUUGAAAUCUGUAUCAGAAUCCACUGCAGUUAAUCUCAAAAGUGCUUCCUUAAAGAUAAAUAAACCAGUGGUAGUUGAUGUGCCUCAAGUCAAUGGGAAUCAUAGUCUUUCAGUCAACUCUGGGCUCCCUUCCUCUGCAGCUUCAAACCUGGAAAGUAUUAAUACCAUUUCAGCAUUGUCUAAGACCAACACUUCAACAACAGUAGCUGCAGUUAAUUCUCCACCUGCAUUACCUGCACCUAGUACACCACCUUCAUUAUCAGCUGCCGAUACUGAACUUUCUCUUUCACUUCCUACUAAGAGCAACUCUGCUUUGGUGCCCUCAAGCUGUAAUGCUGAGCCAUCUAAUUGUAGUUUUGCUGGCAUACCAUAUGAUAAAUCUCUGGGGCAGUGGGUACCCCGGGACAAGAAGGAUGAGUUAAUUUUGAAGCUGGUUCCGAGAGUUCGGGACCUGCAAAAUCAGCUCCAGGAGUGGACAGAGUGGGCAAAUCAGAAGGUUAUGCAGGCUGCUCGAAGGCUGAGUAAGGAAAAGGCUGAACUUAAAACUCUGAGACAAGAAAAAGAAGAAGUUGAACGUCUCAAGAAAGAGAAGCAGACUUUGGAAGAAAACACUAUGAAGAAGCUAUCUGAGAUGGAGAAUGCUUUGUGCAAGGCUAGUGGGCAGGUUGAGCGAGCUAAUUCUGCUGUCCGAAAGCUUGAGGUGGAGAAUGCUCAACUGAGGCAGGAGAUGGAAGCUGCUAAAUUACGUGCUGUAGAGUCAGCUGCAAGCUGUGAGGAGGUUUCCAAGAGAGAGAAGAAGACGCUGAUGAAAUUUCAGUCAUGGGAGAAGCAAAAAACCUUGUUCCAGGAAGAACUUAGUACAGAAAAACGCAAAGUAACACAGCUGCUACAGGAAUUAGAGCAAGACAAAUGUCUUGAAGGGCAACUUGAGUCCAGCUUUGGUCUAUGGUAUUCACAUUGUUUGGGCUCUACUGGGUAAUGCCGAAGUCUGUGGUUGACCUUCUAGCAUGUUGGCAAGGGAAGUUUGGUCGUCAUCGCAACAACAUUUCCUGGAUGGCUGUCCCUCCUUGUUUGAUGUGGUGCAUUUGGCUGGAGCGAAACAACUGGUGUUUUGAGGAUUUUGAAAGGACAGUAAUCGAUCUAAAACUUUUAUUUUUUAAAACGCUAUUAUAUUGGAUGUCUAUCGUAGAAAACCAUUCUAUCUCUUCAAAUUAUGAUUUGAUGAAUGCUUGUAAUUUGUGUUCCUAAUUGUGUUGAUCCCCUGCUAUAUAUGUCGUGUAUACUUGGGUGACUCUUUUUUUUAAUGUUUGAAUAAAUUUUUUAUUACUUAUCAAAAAAAAAAAAGCAAAAAUAUAAAUUACACCCUUAGUUUGGUCGAUUGUCAUUUUGGUCUAUAAGUUUCAUUUUUGUCAUUUUGGUUUGUGAGUUUACAUUUGUUGUCAUUGUUAUUUCGUCCUCCUUUCCUUUGAAAAAAUUACCAUUAAGAAGAGCUAACGGUGACGGCAAAUGUGAACUUACAUGACAAAAAUGAAAUUUAUAGGACUAAAAUGACAAUUGACCAAACUUGAAGGAUGUAAGUUGUAUUUUUUUACUUUUUGAAAAAAUAAGUUUAAUAGUUUUUUAGUAUUAAAAAUUAUUUUUUAAUGGAGUAGUUGACAGAAGUUAUGGAUGGACGAAACAACUAACGGUGACAACAAAUGCAAACAUAUAGGACUAAAAUGUCAAAAAUAAAACUUGCAAGACCAAAAUGAUAAUUGACCAAACUUAAAGGGUGUAAUUUGUAUUUUUGCUAAAAAUUUAUUAUUUGUUUGUAUGGAUGUCAAAAUCUUAUUGAUCUUCUAAAAAGCUUAUCUUCACACAUUCUCUUUACUUGUUAUCUUAACAUUUUGAUCGGUGACUUGAACUUAAAUAAAUUUUAUUCAACUUUCUUUUAGGGCUUGUCUGUACCUAAGUAGUAGGCACAUGCAUGUUGUAAGCCUGUAAUCGUGCACAUUUUUAUGCAUUUCCAAACUCCGGAUAUUUCCUCCAUUUCAUUUUUUUGGCCGACCAAAACUUAUUCCUGAAGUAAAGCUUUUAAAGAAACACGUGAAGUGUAUUGUAGUAGCUGUCGGAAGAAGCAUGUUAAUAGGGCAGUUCUAAAGUGCCCUUCUGUUAAUGCUUUGAAAGUAUACUGCUUAGUGGUUCCACAAAGAUGUCAUUCCUAGUUCCUCUUGGUGCUUCUUGUGAUUAUGAGUUUUACCACUGGGCCCUUUCUCAUUGAUAUAAAAAAUAUCACAGGCUAAAUGGAAACAGGAGGAAAAA